AUGUGCGUACUGCCAACAGGAUACGGAAAGUCGUUGAUUUUUCAUCUUUUGCCACUGCUCUUAUUCGCUAAAUUCAAGCUGAGAGGCGACUUACUUACUGGUUGGAAAUCGAAAGGUGUUUUUACGGCAGCGGUGGACUCUAUAGUCAUUGUUGUAUCACCUCUCAAUUCCCUUAUAAGUGACCAAAUAUCUCGAUUGAGCGUAACUGGCAUUAGAGCGUCUAUUGUAAAUACAAAGGAAGCGAAAUUGGAACUUGAUUCAGAAGAUAUCCAUGCUGACGAAGUUGACAUCGAUUUUAGUCGCUGCGAAGAGGACAAAUUACGCGACGAAUAUUAUCAUAUUGUAUUUGCCCAUCCAGAAAGUUUUAUUUCCAGCAAAUUUGGACGAGAUUCAUUGUUGAGCAAACACUAUCAAGAACAUCUGGUUGCCAUUGUUGAUGAUGAAGCUCACUGUAUUGUUGAAUGGGGAAGUGAAUUCAGAGAGGACUAUGGCAAGUUAGGGGUGUUAUGUGCACUCUUUCCUGAUGUUCCCUGUCUUGCUAUGACAGCAACAGCAAGUCGAGCAGACAUAAAUGCCAUUAUUGACUCAUUGGGAUUAAAAAAUUGUAAAUUAGUCAUUGGCAAUCCAGACAGAAAGAACAUUUUCUACAGUAAAGGCUUUCGACAUGGACAAGAUCUCGACGCCAUUCAAUGCAUUUUAAUGCCUAUUGCGGAAGAUCUGUUGGAGCAAAGAAAUGAGUAUCCACUUACUAUAGUGUAUGUUCCACUACGGUUAUGUGGAUUUGCCUACAAACUUUUCGAACAUGUUCUUGGUUCCCAACAAUAUUUUCCUGUUAAUUCUCUUCCAAUCCCCUCAAACAGAUUGUUUGCACAAUUUCAUUCACCACAAACAAACCAGAUGAAAGAAGAAAUUUUAAAACAGCUCUGUUCAAAAUGCAGCGUUGUUCGUGUUGUUUUUGCCACAAUAGCUAUCGGGAUGGGUGUGGAUAUACCUGAUAUUCGCCAGAUCAUUCAUGUUGUUCCUCCGUGCAGCAUGAAAGCUUAUUUUCAAGAAACAGGACGUGCUGGCAGGGAUGGCAAGCCAUCAUUAGCUUGUUUAUAUUACAACAAUCCAGACAUUGCUAAGAACAGACAAGCAAUGAAUGAUGAUAUGCGCAAUUAUUGUUCUAAUGCUAGUAUAUGCCUCGGGAAAUUGCUGCUGAAUUCACUGGAUGCAGAACAAAUAGUUUGUAUGAAGCCAUUACACAUCUGUUGCAGUGUAUGCAAGCUGAGGUGUGAUUGUUUUAAUUGUGCACAGGUUGAUUUAGGUGAGAUGAUUGACAAUGUUAAGGCAUAA